AUGACGAGUAAUAGCAGUACUAGAUUGAUAAUAUGUGCACUAGGUAUAUUCGUUUGUUAUUUUUAUUUUGGCAUGCUCCAAGAAAAAAUAACACGGGGUGUCUACGGUGAUGAGAAGAACAGUGAAAAAUUCACUUACAUGUUUUCACUUGUUUUCUUCCAAUGUGUUGUCAAUUAUGUAUUUUCAAAAUUUUUGCUGCUGACAGUUAUGAAGGAGAAUGAUGACAGUACAAAAACAGUUUAUUACGCUUUUGCAGCUUUGACAUAUUUAUUAGGGAUGGUAUCCAGUAAUAUGGCAUUAAGUUAUGUCAGUUAUCCGACACAAGUUGUUGGUAAAGCUGCCAAACCAAUACCUGUUUUGUUAUUAGGAGUUUUACUCGGCAAAAAGUCAUACUCGAUGAGAAAAUAUUUAUUUACAUUCAUGAUCGUCGCCGGCGUGAUUCUGUUCAUGUUCAAAGACGGUAAAUCAGCACCAGAGAAGCAGAGCGAACAAACUGGAUUCGGUGGUGAAUUACUGAUAUUCUUAUCGUUAAUGAUGGACGGUUUCACCAGUGCAGCACAAGAGCGUAUGCGCGCUGAGCAUAAAUCCUCAUCGGGGCACAUGAUGAUGAACAUGAACUUCUGGUCCAUGGUGUUCAGUGGCACUGUUAUUGCACUGAGCGGUGAAAUGUUUGAAUUUUUUAAGUUUGUUCAAAGACAUCCGAAUUCACUCUUUCAUAUUAUGUCAUUUUCGACGGCUGGUGCGUUAGGGCAGUUCUUUAUCUUCCGCACGGUAUCGGAAUUCGGUCCACUGCCCUGCUCAAUUAUAACUACCACCAGGAAGUUUUUCACUGUUCUAAGCUCAGUUUUGUUGUUUGGAAAUACUUUAAUUCUCAGACAAUGGUUAGGUACUUUUAUUGUAUUUUCUGCAUUAUUUUUAGACGCUCUUUAUAGUAGAAAUAAGAAUGUUAAAAAAGAUGACAGUAAAUAA